GUUAGUGGUUAUACGCGCACGCGUCGAUAUAACGAGCCUAUUUUUUCUGCUUCUACAUCGACGCAUUACCUGGCAGUUUCAGUGGUGUCUACGUGACGAGAAGCGAGUAAAAUUCAUAGGAGUCAUUGCCGCGUGCCAUUAGUGCGAUAAGUGCCGAGUGUCGUUGACUUGGUGCAUGGUGUUUGCUCGUCGACUUUGCUCGUCGAGUCGCCAAGGCAUAACUGCGUAGUUGUUGACUCUGUGCGCGCGAGUCUCGUAUCAGUGGGUGCGUGCGUGCGCGUUCGUGUGUCAGUGCGAAAAGCGAUCGUCGAGUUGAGUGCCGCGCGGCUGCCCGACAAAGGCUUGCCGAUCCGCCGAUCGCGAAGCCGGACUCUGUUUGCCAUUCGCCUCAUAACCGUGAUACUGGCAGCCAACGUCCCGGAGCGCCCUACGACUUGGCCGCUCUUGCUUCUGUUGAGUGCUGCAGCUUUGCUAGCUCGAUCCCGAGUAGCUGCCAGAGAGCGACCAGUAGCGGCAGCAGCGCAAAUUGGCCGCGAUUUUUUCAACCGAUCAACAAGUCUUGAGCAAGCAUCUCCAUGCUGGAGUGUGCUAAUGUUGUAUAAUAGCAUGCAGUUCGCAUAUCGUUACACGUGGAACAAAGAGAUCAUCGUGAACUCGCAGAAGCUCGUAAAGAGACGCUGAAAGUCGAGAAUCCGCCAGAGCCGCCGCCCCCGACGCUGACCGAACAUCCAUCCUUUUUACCAUCCUCUCCUGCCCGUACGAGCAGCAAUAAGAGAUACCCUAACGCGUCAACGUUGAACCCUCGAAAUAAGCUAAUUCACGGCUGGCUCCCACUCUAUCCAUUUGGCUCUGAUGUUAACGAGGGCCUAACUUCUGACUACCUCGUACCCGAUUAUCGUCUUGUCAUCCUCUUCCUUGCGGUGCAUCUCUCUUCCACCAUCCAAAGAAUUCCACUGGUCGUCGCGUGCCGUAGCACACGAGUCGCGCGCACUCAUCCAAAGGAGCAGAAUUAUGGCAGCUAUGUGUUUUAAUGAAUCACUCAACGACUGGCUCGAGAAAAAGAUAGACCUGCCGAUUUUCUCCGAUAUUAUAACACCGGAAUGCGUACCAAAUCGAUCGGCUGUGGUUUACCCCAACAUCCAAAAACCACAGCCCCAGAUAAUACCGCAAGUAGCGCCUCAGUACCUGAUUGUUGAACAACCGCAGCAUGUGCCGCAGCAGCAACUGCAACACCAUCAGCACCAGAUUCAACACCAUCAAUUCCACCACCAACAGCAACAGCAGCAGCAACAAUUAAUGCAAAUUGACGAAACUCAGUCUUUGCUACGCGAAUUUGAGACUGUUCUCGGCGAUGUCGAGGCUUGCCACCAAAUUCAAUACAGCCCUUCGGCUUUGACACCACCGCAAUCGCCGCCGCCCAAGAUCCAGCAAAAAUUACUCGUCACUCUACAGCCGUUGCAACACGAACAGCAGGUUCCCACCUUCAACUCUUUCUAUCAGCAGCAACAGCAACAGCAACCGAGACUAACGGAAUCAACCAUUCUAAACGCACCAGUUCAGCACCAACAGUCUCAGUUGCACCAACAAUUCAACAUCAAUUCCUUGCCACUGAACAACAGUUCGACUGUACAGCACUCGUUGGCUGCCGGUCAAAUAGGUGGACAAUGGGCUGCAGGGAAUCUGUCGUUGGACUCUUUGAGCCAAGCAAGUACCGAUGUCGCGUCGGUUGACGAGGAACUGGCUAAAGUCGACGAGUACGUGCUCAGCUGUGUCGAAGAUGCGAUUGGAGGAAGCAGUGGAAACUCGGCUGCUUCGUGCACAUCGUCUUCGUCCCCGGCUUCGCCUUGCACCAGUUCCAAUGGUAGUUGCAUGUCAUCCGAGGAUUCGAAUGACGAUCCAGAGUGGUCGCUCGAAUCUGCUGCUAAUGAUCAAGCUGCUGCAUCAGCUGUUCGCGGCAAGCCCGCUCGCGGUGCUGGGCGUAAACCUCGCGCCAGCAAUAAACCCUACUCGCGCCCCAAUGCUGAGGACAAGCGCUCUCGCAAAAAAGAACAAAACAAGAACGCUGCAACGCGUUACCGUCAAAAAAAGAAGCAGGAAAUCAAGAUGAUAAUCGGCGAGGAGCAGGAGUUAGUCAAUAAAAAUGAAAAGCUUAAAGAGAACGUUAAAGAUCUGGAACGAGAAAUCGGUUACUUGAAAAAGCUCAUGCGCGAUUUGUUCAAGGCCAAAGGCAUGAUCAAAUAGUCAUGAGCUCAGGAAUAACUUGCGCUUACAUUUUAGCUUAAACCAGUUUGUCAGUAGUGAAAUGAAAGCAAAUACUACCGAGCUUUCAUAGAGAUAGAUUCUUUACACAGCUUAAUUCCAUUCUGAGAGUCGUACUCAUUUAUUACUUUUUUACUACAAAGGUACUUUACUGUGCUAUUGUUUUUUUUAUCGUACAUUUAAUUUUUUAACACUCUUAUCGACUUAUUAAAGGUGGUUUUUCAAUUUUGAUUUCCGUUAAUAUCCAUUGUUACUUUAGAGUUCUCCCUACUUUUUUAAAUAAGUUAUUCAGCCAUUUUUAUCAUUUACCCUUAACUUUUAUUAAAAAUUAAUUUUUCUAAUGGA